AUGCCGCGACUCACCCUCAAACCCAGCCACAAAGCAGUCCGAGACUACUACGCCACGCUGCAGCAAUACGAUAAACACGACAUCACGCACGAAGGCGCGGUCAGCAACCCCUUCGCUUUCUUACUCGAUGCCUGCGCAAAGCAGAUGAACGCCACACUCGUUCCCCAAUACCCAAUGCGCGCCCCAAAAGGAAAUCGCAUCGUUAUCGACGGCGCAAUCAUCGACGAAUACGGACUCCCGCUCGCCUACUGGGAAGCGAAGGAUAUAGACGACGACCUCUCAAGGUCCGUGCAGGAGAAACGCGAGGCUGGCUACCCGCUCGACAAUAUCCUCUUCCAAACCCCACAACGCGCCAUCCUGUAUCAAAACGGACGUGAAGCACUUGAUCUCGACAUCACCGAACCCGCAAACUUAAUUGCGGCACUCCAAUACCUAUUCGCUUACGUCCCACCCGCGCUCGAAAACUGGCAGACCGCUGUCACCGACUUCAGAGAACAUGUACCCGACCUCGCAAACAAACUAAAAGAACUCAUUGAGCAACGCCACGAAACCGACCCAGCCUUCAAAAAGGCGUUCACCGAUUUCUACGAAAUCUGCCGCACCUCCAUCAACCCCGAACUCUCACAGGAUGCCGUCGAGGAGAUGCUUAUCCAACAUAUCCUCACCGAACGCAUCUUUCGCACCGUUUUCAACCGGUCAGACUUUACAAGCCGAAAUAUCAUCGCUGUCGAGAUUGAAAAAAUCGGUUUUAUACUGCCAUUGAGCAGGCCGCGACGCUCUGCCAAGACUUCUCCCAAAAACAGUACUUCCUCAAUACGUUUUACGAGAAGUUCUUCCAAGGGGUUCUCCGAGGAUGUGGCGGACACACACGGCAUCGUCUACACGCCGCAACCGAUCGUCGAUUUCAUGGUGAAAAGUGUGGCACACAUCUUGGAAACCGAGUUCGGUCGGUCGCUGUCGGAUACCGGCGUGCAUAUCAUCGAUCCGUUUGUCGGGACGGGUAACUUCAUCGUCCGACUUAUGCAGGACAUCCAAGGCACGGCGUUAGAGGCGAAAUACCGCCACGAACUCCACUGCAACGAGGUGAUGCUCCUACCCUACUACAUCGCCAGCCUGAACAUCGAGCAAGAAUUCUUCCAACGGACGGGGACGUAUCUGCCGUUUGAGGGGAUCGCACUUGCGGAUACGUUUGAGUUGCUUGAGCAGCAACAGACAGAAUUCUUCACACAGGAAAACACGAGAACGGGUGGAGAGACAGAAGGCGGCGGAUAUGUUCGUGGUCAUCGGCAACCCACCUUACAACAUGGGGCAGGCGAUUCUCAAUGCUUCCCCUUCUACACUUACGACGAGGACGGCACCAACCGACAAGAGAACAUCACCGAUUGGGCGUUGGCGGAAUUCCGAACCCACUACGCCGACGACACCAUCACCAAAUGGGACAUCUUCCACUAUAACUACGGUCUCCUGCACCACCCCACCUAUCGUGAGAAAUACGAGGCAAACCUCAAGCGCGAUCUCCCGCAUAUCCCCUUCGCCGAAGACUUUGGGGAUUCGCCAACGCAGGCGCGGCGUUAG